UGGGAUUCAAAGUUUAAUUAAUUCAAACAAGAAGUUUAAUUAAUUUUCUUCGGUGACAACUAAAAGAGUGAACACGAGGAAAUAUUCCAGCAAUUAAAUCCGUGACAUUAAUGAAGCAAGAGACAGCUGCAGCAAUUAAAUCCGUCUCGCGCGCGUAUCCCUAGCCUCCUAGAAUCUUCCUUGAUGUGUGAUCUUCAGACCGGCCUUUUCUCUAUAAAACUACUUCGGUGCAUGUAAGAUCUUAUUUAGUUUCAGUUUUUCACACCACCAAAAGAUGGGGCGCAGAAGAAGAAGCAUGGAAUUCAUAAGCAACGACAAGUCUCGGAUGAUAACCUAUCAUAAGAGAAAAAAAGGUUUGGAGAAGAAGCUUUACGAGAUCUCCACCCUCUGUGGCAUCAAGGCGUGCAUGAUCAUCUACGGUCCCAGAUCACAAAAUGGCCAUCCCUGCGAUAUGGCAACCUGGCCUGAAAACGAUGAAGAUUGCGUCAGAACCUUGGUCAACAAAUUCAAGUCCAACACAAUUAGCAGCGCACGUAAGAGAGGAACUCGGGAUUUAUCCGACUAUUUCAUUGACCGCAAGAAGAAUAUUGAAAAAGAGAUCUCAAGAAAGCGCACGGAAAAUUGCAGGAGUAACAUCAUGUUCCGGACGUGGGAUGAACGUAUGGACUAUUUCUCUUGUGAACAACUAAGGAUAGUUCAAGGGUUUCUGGAUACGAAGAUCGAAGCAGUGCAGAGAAAAAUCGACAUGUUAAAGGCCGCUGAUAACAAAUCCUUUGCGAUGAAUAUUGAUGCAGCAUUAGAAAUAACGGGCAACUCCAACGACGUCUUUGGAUCAAUCCCAAGCGAUUUUCCUAACUACACUCAGGGCAUGCUUCAAAGGAUUAAUGUUGGACUAGAUCUGCAGGCUGGUAACCUGCUGCCUAUGCCUAAAUCUUAUGUAAAAUCACUGGAUGAUCUUAACGGCCUGCAGUGGCCCGAUUUCUAUUCAUCUUAUAACCAGGGUGAUCAUUCCUCUUUGCUUCCGUUUUGUGUUAAUCCUUUAGCCGAUCCGAUGAAGGUCAAGGUCGACGAGGCUUGUUCUUCACAUGGAAAUAUGUCUAUUAGUACUGGGAUACAGUAUUCUCCACCGAACUACCCGAUCUAUUAUGAUCUGGCCGUUGGAUUGAUGGAAAAUAUGACAGUGAUCAACAACUCCAUGUUGCCUCCAAUGUUCAAUUACAAUCCCAGGAUGCAGAUGAUUCCGCCUAUUAAUGUACGGAACCCCAUGAUGCAGACUUUACCAGAUGAUGAUCAAAUGCACGGGCCUCCAGCGGAUAUGAACUCACUCUAUACGUAUAUAGGUACACACGGCAUCAAUGAGUUUGAGAUCGAUGAAGAUGCAGCAGCAUAGAAAUCGAAGAUCAUAGGCGUGAUCGUGAAUUUGGAUAUGGUCAGAUUAAGUACUUUAACUAAUUUAGGGUUCGAAUAUUUGGGUUUCAGAAUUACCUCGGAUUCCAAUUAUAUACUUUGAAUUUAGUUUUACAAUCGGAAUAGAUAUGCAUGAUUUUAUAUCAAUUUUCAUUGUAUGGGAUUAUGAAUUAUUGUCUGUCUCGCAUGCAUCU